UGCGAUCUUUGUUAUAUUUAUUUUGUGUACCGGGCUGUAGUGUAUACAUUCUCAUGGGUUUGUGAGUGUAGGUGUAAGAGAUACGUAUGUGAGAAAUUGUGACUUUGGGAGAACUCAUGCUUACUAAUUUCAGUUUUCGUGUGCAUUUCACAGACUGCAUAUUUUGAAAAGGGUGGUGAUCAGCUUUCCUGAGUCAUGGACUGGAGACCUAAUCAGCGGGUGCUGACGCAAGUCCCAGUCACCAAAGAUCCGAUUAUAGAAAGAGGACCAGUACUAUACGGCGGCAGAGGGAAACCACAAUACCAGCGGCAACCGCUGCCCGCGGUGCAACCACACCGACCGCUGCCCGCAGUACAGCCGCUGCCCGCGGUGCAGUCGCGGCAGCCACCACCCAUAGUGCAGCCGCGCCACCCGCCACCUGUGGUGCAGCCGCCUGUCUUACAGCAGCCAGUGGUGCAGCAGAGCCACUACCAGUCACCGCCUGUGGUGCAGCCGCCUGUCGUACAGCAGCCAGUGGUGCAGCAGAGCCACUACCAGGCCCCACCUGUGGUGAAGCCACCUGUCGUGCAGCAAAGUUACUACCAGUCCCUGACACAUAGCACCGUGUCAUCCCAGGCUGUGCAGCAUGCAGUGGGCAUGUUUGCACAGACAGGAAUUGCAGAAGAAUUCGUGGAGUUGAACUCCUCAAAUUCCUUAAAGUUUGCCAACAUGCACGGUGAUAUUCUUACUGAUAUUGGUCGUAAUGCUAGCCAGUGGCACCAGAUCACUAUCAAAACUCCUGUUCCAGAAUAUGAGAGAAGAUUUGUCAUCGCAGCCAUCAACAAACGAAUAUCACCACAGAAAAUUACGCCUUACUUUUUUCGUAUGGAAAAUCUACACAUAACAUUCUUUGUGAAUAUGUGCGGUUUGGCACUGAGAACACUUUGCAGGAGAGAUCUUAAAGUGCCGUAUGUCUCUGACAAAUUUGAUGAGAUUGAAAUGACAAUCAAACUGUUCAGCAAAAAUUUCAACCUCUCAGAAGCUCUGAAAGAAAUUAUUUCAAGAAGACUGGACAGUCCGAAAAAGUUUUUGGAUCUCUCUUAUAUAAACAGUAUUCCUGAGAUCCAGGAAAUGCUGUUUGACCCGACUGAUAAUUGGCACAUCCUGGACCAGAUGCUGAGGGUCGCUGAGGUCUCGGCGCCCGGGCUCGUUGCCCUCAGACUCGCGGGUAACGGGAUCACGACGCUGACCCUCCUCUGGGAUUUUCUGGUCCACUCCAAGUGGAAGUCUCUACGAACUUUGGAUGUGUCAGACAAUGAGGUAAAGAGCACUGGUACUGUUUCACUGUCUCGUACUUUACAGAUCUCAGAAGUCUACUUGGAUUGUAAUCCAAUAUGUCACAUGCUUAAGAGAGAUUCAUACAUAAGUGCCAUCAAGGCAACAUUUCCCCGUCUUGCAAAAUUGGAUGGGACUUACCUACACACCACAGCACAUCUGCCUUACUGGAAGCCGAAUUUCAUUGUGAAUGGUACUGGUGACCCAGGUGAAUUUGCUGACCAGUUCAUCGAGCACUUUUUCACACUCUAUGAUGACCCCGAUCGAAUGAAACUCCGUGGAUUGUACCAUGAGAAGGCUUACUUCUCACUUUGCAGUUUAUAUUUGGAUGCACAAUUUACAACUCCCAAUGCAAGAUUGUCUGCUUACAUUGAUGAGACCCGAAACCUGUUACGUUGCUCUGAUCUGAAGAAGGCGAAUGCUGCACUAACACACGGCUCAGAGGAAAUCCUCGAAAGGUUAUCGAGCUUACCCACUACACAGCACGAUCCCUACACCUUCGCUGUGGAUCUUUUGGUACAUACGCCGAAGAUGACCGUACUGACAGUAACAGGUGUCUUCCGGGACAUUGCUAAGCAGAAAAGUUCUCAUAGACAUUUCUCACGCACUUUUGUCCUCCAGAGACGAGAAAAUGAUGAAUAUCAAAUUACUAAUGAUAUCCUAUAUAUCUCAAAUGCAGCUACACGUGAGGCAGAAGAGGCAUUCAAGUACGUAAGACCACCUAAAAAAAUAAAGAAAAAGCGACCAACGCCUAAUUUGUCAGAGUGCGAGAAGGAGUCCAUGACCGGAAUGGUUCAGCAACUGACUAGUAUGUCAGCUCUGUGGUCACAAAAGUGCCUGGAGGAUACUGACUGGGAUAUGAAGGAAGCCCUCAAGAUUUUUGUGGAACUUUAUGAGAUGAGCAAAAUUCCAAAAUCGGCAUUUAUCACCUCGAAAUAGUAAUGAAGAAAACUUGUUCAGCUCUCAGAGAGACUGCAUCUCAGUGCUGUGUAUGUUUUGUUAACUGUACCUUGAAACAAUUGCCUGUAAAUAAACAUUGUUGUAAUUUUGAUUGUG